CAUAUGCCUUCUAAUAUUCUAGCAAACCUUCGCUACUAAAUUCCCUUCUUAACCCCUUUUUUUUUUGUACCUUCAUCAUCAUCAUCAUAUAUUUCAUAUCACACCAACCCAUUUUAAUUUGCAUUUGAUCUUCUUCAUAGACAUAUACACACUAUCAUAUUAUUAUUAUUUUCUUCCCCAAAUUUUGGUUGUUUUUGAUGUUAUGAAGUUUGGGAAGAGACUCAAGCAACAAAUUCAGGAGUCGUUGCCGGAGUGGAGGGACAAGUAUUUGUCGUACAAGGAAUUGAAGAAGCUCGUACGGCUCAUAUCGGCGGCGCCGCCAACGUUGUUGAAUGGAUCGUUGGAAUAUGGCAAGACGGAGACUGAGUUUGUGUAUUUGUUGAAUAAUGAAAUAGACAAGUUCAAUGGGUUCUUCAUGGAGAAAGAGGAGGACUUCAUUAUUCGACAUAUGGAAGUACAACAGAGAAUCAAGAGAGUAGUUGACGUGUGGGGACCAAGUGGAAGUCAACCUUCAGAAGAAGAUUAUAGAGAGGAGAUGGCUAAAAUCAGAAAAGCUAUUGUUGAUUUCCACGGUGAAAUGGUUCUCUUAGUCAACUACAGCAACAUCAAUUACACAGGGUUGGCAAAAAUUCUGAAGAAAUACGACAAGAGGACAGGGGGGCUUCUGCGUUUGCCAUUCAUCCAGAAAGUGUUGGAGCAGCCAUUUUUCACAACAGAUUUGAUCUCAAAGCUGGUGAAGGAGUGUGAGAGCAUAAUCGAUGCAGUGUUCCCGGCAGAGGAAGAAGCUGAGAGAGCAAAGGAAGCAAAAGAUGCAAUAACUGUGGCAGGAGAAGGGAUUUUCAGAAACACAGUUGCGGCUUUGCUUACAAUGCAAGAAAUCAGAAAAGGUAGUUCCACAGAGAGCCCUUUCUCUUUGCCACCACUCAACUUGCUAGACUCUGAUCUCAUCCAAUCAAUACAACUCAAUGCUGCUGUUCCCAUUGUCAAGUGAAACUAGAUGAAAAAUACUUAUUCAAACACAUCCAUAGUGUUACAAUGUUACAAUGUACUAGUAAUUAGUGAGUGAUCUCAAUAUAUAUCCUUUUGAUGAAGUAACACCUCAGUUACAUAUAAAAGAGUAGCUAGCAAUUUAGCCAUUUCAAGGUUAUUUUAGUAAUUAUUGGUUAGGGUAUUUAAAUUUCAUUUCAGGGUGAUAUGGUCAACAUACUGGGUUCUUUGUGAAUUAGAAAGGAAAUAAUAAUAAUAUAAAAAACAGUUCUCUUAUGUCCA